ACAACUCACCAAAUAUACGAAACAGAAGAAAUUUACACGAACAAAAUUAUUUUGUUUACCAUUGGAACAGCAAAAAAAAAACAGAGAAUAAUUUUAAUUAUGUGCGAGACAUUCGAAACCGAUGAAUUUUAUCAAAAGUUUUUGACAUCGGAUGAUUCGAAGGAAACCACUGUGAUUUCAACUAGUUUGGCCAUUAACGAACAAAUCCAGAAAUUAAACGAUGGCGUUGAUAUGUUGGCAAAACAAUUACAAACACAGGUCAGAGAACAGCAUAAAUCAUUGCUAUUGGAAGCGCAAAAUGCCAGUAAAUUGUCGGCCGCUGUUGAUUUGGUGAAUCAUCAUAUGAAUCAAUUGGAAAUUGGUGCUGAACGACUUAAGAACAAAAUCAAUACACCAUACAGUCUCCUUUCGAAUCAGACAAGAGCCUUGGCACGGCUACAUGAUGUGUCACACAUUUUACGUCAAUCAAAUCGAUUUUUACAGUUAUUCCAUAAGCUAACGCCAGACUCAAAAGACAUUGCCGCCCAAGCAAUAAUUCUAUUCGAAAUUGAGUUGCUGAUCGAAAAUGAGCAGCUCAAUCAAAUUGAAUUCAUACGCAGUGAGCGACUUGCGGCGGCUAAUAUAAAACAAUUACUUACAAAUACUGCUCAUCAUGACUUAUUGAAUGCAUUGAAAAGUUUGAUUGACGAAGAUAAAGCUGUUAAAAGUUUGCAGGUGUUCACCAAUAUGCAAGUACUGCCAAAGUAUAUCGAUGAUUUGUUGGACAUAUUCAUUGGUGACAUAAAGCAUGCGAUAAAAGAGUGUUUUGCCGGCAUUCAAACGAAAAAAGUUAGCGAAAGAAAAUCAAAAGCAGGCAACAAUGUUGAUCAGACAAAGCCGAAACCAAGCCCAGGCAAACCGCAAGGAACCACCGCUUCACAACAAUUUUCCCGAAAAUUUUGGACAGCACUAGAAAGUUUAUUCGAUGAAGAGAUUUACAAUUGUUGGAAACAAAUCAAUUUUUUAACGGAAUGCUUAAAAAAAGUUGUGCAUCAACCGAAUGCCAUGAAUUUAUUCGAAAGCGUUGACAUUGAGAAAAACUUUCAUGAUCGACUCAAUGAUUUGUUGCGCAUUUCAUUUACAAAUUGCCCGCCGUAUAUUCGACAGUGUCUUGUACAAGAUCUUCCAAAAUUACUGCGUUUAACUAAACAAUUGCACACCAAAUGCGAAAAUAAAUUAAAUAUUGGCGGCGAGAGUUUAUUUGGAUCUUUGGAAGCUGGCUACUUGGAACAGUGUGCAAAUAAUCUAAAGAUUACGUUAAUUGCAGCCGAUACGCCAAAUCAAGAUACAAUCGAAGCCUUUAUACAGGCUGCUGAAAAGGAACUACGAAAUGUAUCUGGCGAUAAUCGAUUAUGUGGAAUGGUGACGGCAAUAUUUAUUGCGUGUAAUAAAGAAUUUUGGACGAAAAUUGAAGCUAAUAUAAAAAUUGGCGGUGAUGCUCAGCAAGUAUUUGAUGUUCCGAAUACCGUUCAACUGCAAAACAUUACAAAUGCGAACAUCAUAUAUGAGCAAAGUCUCUACGUAAAACGUAUGAUACAGAAUUUGGGCAACGAUUUUCUCAAUUCACGUUCAGCUCAAAAUAUAAUCGAAUCGUUAGACUAUGGCCUUAAAAUAGUGCAAAAAGUUGUUAAACAAUUGAUUGAUUCGAUGAAAUCAGCGGCCGGCAUCAUUUUAUUGAGCAUACACCGUGAACCCGGUUUGAAUAAUGAACGAACGGUGUCAAGUGCACCGUCAUUAUACAUGAAAGAAUUGCAAGAGUUCUUGUUUCGUGCCUGGGAUUAUCAGAUUUCACCGUUUAAGGAUAAGCAGUUAUUGGAAAUGCAUGGCAAAGAACUUGCUGAAUGUUGUGUUGAAUUAUUUGUAUGGAAUGUGGCUAUUAUUCGACCAAUAUCAUCGUCGGGGCGUCAACGUCUUAAAUCCGAUUGUCAGCAUCUUGAAAAUGCUUUAAAUACAUUGGUCGGUGAUUUAAGCGCAAUGAGCCGCACAUUUAGAACAUUACGAUCGUUAUCUAGUCUGAUUACAUUGACACCAGAUGAACUAUCGAAAAAAUCGAUUGAAAUUGAUGGACCAGUUUCACCAUUUAUAGUAUUACUCUUAUUAUUUGGACACGCUGGCAGUGAUUUGAUGAGUCCACAUGUGGCUGCCGGGUGGUCAAAUGAGAAAAUCACCGAGUGGUUAAGCAAACAUGUUUCGAUAAAAGAAAGAUUGGAAUUGGUAACAGGCGCAUUGCAAAAAUAUCGCAACGUUGUUCGUCAAAAAAAUGUUAUAAAAUAUGAUCCAAUCUAUCCAAUUAUUUCUAAUUAUUUGGAAAAUGUGUAUAAGAAUCUUUGAGAUCAUGUUGUUUAGAUGUACUUGUUAUUAUGAA